AUGCGCAGAGCUCCGAGAGGGGAGAAGCCACAGCUUUCCUUUCGGAUACCAGUUUCUGGCGGGACCUUCACGCGUUCCCUCCUGCCGCCACGCCCCUCCCACGCCCCGCCCCCUGCGCCUGCGCUCUCGCGAGGGGGCGGGACGGGGCAGUGGUGCGGUGACACCUGGCGGCGGCGGGGGGCGGGCGCUAAGCGAGCGUGGACUGCGAUUGGCUGGGACGGCGUGGGCGGGGCGGGAGGAAGGAGCGGGGACGGUCGUGGGGCGCCCGUCGGAGCGUCUGGUGCGGCGGCGCACGCCCAGCACCCGCGCCCCCUUGAGUGCGGCGGCCCCGAGGCCUGGCGUUUGGAAGCGCGCCUCAGACAAGUGGCCCCGAGUUUCCUGCUGGUCUUUAGCAGGGCUCUGACCCGCGGAGUAAGUUGCCUCGCAGCUAGCUCGUCGGAGUCUGGAAACUCCCCUCAGAAAUCUUCCCUUGGAGGGAAAGUUCACACCGAGAGUAAAGUCUCCGUACCCGGCCUCCUGCAUUUCCAGCUCGUGGUUCUUACUCCACCUUACUUUUCUGCCGAACGUUUCUACUGGGUUUCCCCCCCAUCUUUUGCUAGUUCAAAAUAUUUUACGGUAUUGCGGACUACGGCAUCCAGUGGCCCGAGAUUCAUCAUUUCUGUUCUCAAGAUCCGUGCCAGAGAGAUCUUUGACUCUGUGGGAAUCCCGUCCACUAUCGAGGUUUUUCUCUACACCCUGAAAUGUCUCUUCAGAGCCGCUGUGCCCAGUGGUGCCUCAGCUGGUAUCUAUGAGGCCCUAGAGAUCCAGGACAAUGAUGAGACUCACAGUAUGGGGAAGGGUGUCUCAGAGGCUGUUGAGCACAUCAAUAAAACUAUUGCGCCUGCCCUGGUUAGCAAGAAACUGAAUGUCUUGGAGCAGGAGAUCGACAAACUGAUGAUUGAGACGGAUGGGAUGCAUAAGUUUGGUGCAGACGCCAUUCUGGGGGUGUCCCUUGCUGUCUGCAAAGUUGGUGCUAUUGAUAAGGGCGUUCCCCUGUACCGCCACAUCGCUGACUUGGCUGGGAGCUCUGAGGUCGUCCUGCCAGUCUCAGCCUUCAAUGUCAUCAACAGUGGUUCUUACGCUGGCAGCGAGCUGGCCAUACAGCAAGUCAUGAUCUUCCCUGGCACGGCAGCAAACUUCAGGGAAGUCGUGCGCGUUGCAGAAGUCUCCCACAGCCUGAAGAGUACCGUCAAGGAGAAAUACAGCAACGAUGGAACCAACCUGGUGGACGAAGGCCGGUUUGCGCCCAGCGUCCUGGAGCAUAAGGAAGGCCUGGAGCUGCUGAAGACCAUGAUUGGGAAGGUGGUCCACACAGACAAGGCGGUCAUCAGCAUGGACGUGGCCGCCUCCAAGUUCUUCAGGUCUGGGAAGUAUGACCUGGACUUCAAGUCUCCUGAUGACCCCCGUAGGUACAUCUCAUCUGACCAGCUGGCCGACCUGUACAAGUCCUUCAUCAAGGACUACUCUGUGGCGUCCAUCAAAGACCCCUUCAAGCCGGACAACUGGGUCACUUGGCAGAAGUCCACGGCCAGUGCUGGGAUCCAGGUGGUGGAAGGUGAUCUCACAGUGACCAACCCUAAGCACGUCAGCAAGGCCAUGGGCGAGAAAUUGUGCAACUGCCUGCUGUUCAAAGUGAACCAGAUUGGCUCCGUGACUGAGUCCCUUCAGGUGUGUCGGCUGGCCCAGGCCAAGGGCUGGUAUCAUGGUGUGUCAUGUUCUGGAGAGACUGAAGACAUCUUCAUCGCCGACCUGGUGGUGGGGUUGUGCACUGGGCAGAUCAAGACGGGUGCACCUUGCACAUCCAAGUACUUGGCCAAGUACAGCCAGCUCCUCAGGAUUGAAGAGGAGCUGGGCAGCAAGGCCAAGUUUGCUGGUAGGAACUUCAGAAACCCUCUGGCCAAUAGGCCAGGGGCAGGCGAGCCCUGA